AUGGGCAGCACAGGACCUCUUGAAAUUCCUCCUGUAAGGAAGAAAAGUGCUGAAAUGUACUUGCAUGAUUACGAUCUCGAUGACGAUCUCUCGAUUGCUUCACCUCCCGUCAGCAAACCUGUCAUCGACGUCGAGGAUCCCGUGGAUGCUCUCAGUGCGAACAGGGAGCAAACUAGACUGGUGGCUGCAGGAUGUCGUGGAGUACUGAAAGUUUUCAAAAUGGACGAGGAUGGCUUAGAACAGGUCGCUGAUUUGAGAUCUGCACGGAGUCGUCGUUUGAACCUGCUAUAUUCUCCAAGUAACGUUGCUUGGAGUAAACUAAAAGAAUUGCAUUACAAGGCGCAUCAGCGUUCGGCUACCGUGGUUCAUUUUCAUCGUUCCAAUGAGAAUUUGCUGGUUAGUGGCUCGCGAGAUGCUGCUGUGUUCCUGUACGAUCUUCGUGAACAAGAUCCCGUGAAGAAGUUU